UAUUUUUAGUGCUUCUUUGACUUCCGGUCAUGAUUUCCAAUACAGCAUGUUCAAUGAUGUUGAUCAACUCGAUGUUUACCCGAACUUUACGUUUGUUCUGUGAACUUUUUUGAAAAUACAAACAUGAGUAAGAAAGACAAAAAGAUUGUGAAAUCCAAAUCACACAGUAGACAGAUCGAUAAAAAUGUAAAUGAAGAAACUGUUAACUACUAUUUGCGCAUUGCUACAACUUUAGAUGAGGGAUUUCAGGGACAAGAAGAUAAAGAGUUAUUUCUCCAUAAUGUGUUCAUCCAGCUUGAAAAAGAGGACAUUCAUGUGUUCAUGCACCCCGCACUUCAAAAUGUGUUAGUGAAGUUAACCGAGCUGACCAGUAUUGAACAAACCACCAAACUGCUUAAAGUUCUUAAGGAAAACACAGCAGAAAUGUUGAAUGAUGGGAAGUCCAGAAAAGUGAUGUGUAGUCUGCUUCUUCAAGUUGCUGAGUUUUCAUGUGAAGGGGAUCAAAGGAGUGAGGAGGAUGAGGACCAGGUCGAGGCAAUGAGGGACAUCUUUCUGGAAAUCUGUCAAAGUCUGAAAGGCGACAUUGAGAACGUCCUGGUCGUGAAAACUGUUCUACAGGUGUUGAGUGGUCAGGUCAACAUGUCGGCGAAAGACGUGGGAUUAAAUAGGACAAAAACUGUGUGGACAUACACUCCACCAACAGAAUUCAUCCAAACCUUUCAUGAAAUGUGUGAGGAAAUAUUCAGUUUAGAAGAUAUUCAAAAGAAGGUGGAACACAACAAAGCCAGCAUGAUCUUGACACAUAUUUUUCCUCUCCUUCACAAAGUGGACCAGCAAGCAUGUGACAAGUUUAUAAGGAAAUUUCUCACCAUGUCCGCCAUUUUACAGGAACAUGAAAAGUUCCUGUGGCUUGUGUCAGAUCAAAGAGGCUCAUUCCUGAUGCAGAAAGUUAUUGAAUGUUCCUCAGACGAGAUCUUCACCGAGCUAUACACCACUGCUUGUAAGGAACAUAUGCUGAGUCUGGCUAUCCACCCACAGGCCAACUUUGUCCUGGAGAGUCUGAUUGCCAGGGCUGUGGACAAGGACCAGUUUGAGGACAUGUUUAAGGAGCUGAAGGAAAAUUUUGAAGACAUCCUUGCCUUCAAUCAUCUCAGAAUCAUCACCAGUCUGGCAAAAGCCUCACAUCAAUUAAAAACUUGUCAGAUGAAGUUGGUCAAGCAUUUAAUGAAAGCUUUUCACUGCUAUGAGCCAGAGAGUCGCCAAGACAAAUUUGUCCCUCUUCUAGCAACCUUGGCAACUUUUGAGGUUUAUUUUGAGAUGGAGGAAGGAUCAGACAAACCGAGUAAAGAGAAUCCAACGUUAGGAAAAGUGAACAUUCAUGGCUCUCUUAUUUUACAAACAUUACUGGAGUUCAAAAACCCAAAAUAUGUCGUCAACAGUUUACUGCAAAUGUCACCCACUAACCUCCGGAACAUGGCUUGUGAUGCCUCGGGGAGUCGAGUGUUGGAAAUGUUUUUUAAAAGCUCCACAGUAACAGAGAAAAACAAAGCAGCCAUGGUUGAUCAGCUUCAGGAGGUGUUACAAGACAUAGCCUGUAACUCAUGUGGAUCCUGGAUCAUUGAGACCAUGUGGAAAGAGCUACCCCUUCAGCAAAAAACUGUAAUUGUAAAAACAUUGGCUAAACAUGAUAGACGUUUGUCACAGGAUCAGUAUGGAAAAUACAUUCACAAAACAUGUGAGGUGUCCACUUAUAUUCAUAAUAUCAAAAACUGGACAGAAAUGCAGACCAGCAGUCAAAAGAAAAGGAAAAUGUUUCAGGAAAUUCUCCAAGCCCCAGAUCCAAAGAAAAAGAAGAAGAAGGCCUAGUUUUGUAAAUUAGAUGCUCCGAAUGUACUACUUUUUAGAUUAAAAUACACAUAAAACCAUAGCACUGUUGUUACAUGUACAUGUAUAUACUACAUGUAAAUACCCUUAGCACUGACUGAUGUUGGUCUAGGACAUUGUUGUAAUAGUGUAGGGUGCUCCUGUGUGUUUCUAUGUCUGAUUAAAUUUAUUUCCUAAACAUUAAGAGGCCCAUGUACUGUAAUGGCCACCUGAAAAUCAAACAAAGCAAAAUUUAUAUUGGAAGAGUUGAUGGUGCAGUGAGACGAAUUUUCACUCAAAGUGUGAAAACUGGAUGUGGUCAUGUUUUGUAUGAUCUACAUGUACAUUAAUGUUCAUGUCUUUUAAUGUUUUUCUCAAACAAAAUUUAUCAGUG